UCUCCACCUGAGCAGGUAGCUACAUCCGGGUUGCCUGCAGCUGUGCAGGUGAGUUUGGGGUUAAAUACCUGAGGUGGGCGGAACUGCUUCCUGGCUGUUUGACACCCUGGUCUCCGACCUUUGAGGCGCAGCGGAGGGGGAGCCCGGACACAGAAUCAGCUGAAACAGAGAGAAAAGAGCCGCCGGAUGGCCGCGGAGCUCAGCCAGGACGCGGUGCUGCGGUUCCUGCAGAGCCGCGGCGGCUCGGUGCGCAACGCCGAGCUGCUGCUGCACUUCAGGCCCUUCCUGCGGGACCAUGAGGACCGGGCCCGGCACCGGGAGCUCUUCAAGAAGUUCGUCAACUCCGUGGCCGUCGUCAAGCAGGAGGAAGGCGUCUCCUACGUCGUGCUCAAGAAGAAAUUAAAGGGGAAAGUGGCCGGAGGCGGAGGCUCCGAGGCGGCUCCGGCGGCCAGGCUCCCCGGGAGCAAGACAGACCUCUCCCCGCCCUCCGUGAGCUCGAGGGCGGCAGGGAUUCCGUCUGCCGCCGCCCCGCUGGGAGAGCCGAGCCACACACCGAACAGACCCGUCCUGCCCUCCGCCGGGAUCCUGAACCACAACAACAACCGGAACCUGGAGAACCCGCUGCAGGCCUCCUCACCGCGGACUGAGCACACAGACAAACAACAACAACAAUCACAACAACAACAACAACAACAAUCACCACUGCAACAACAACCACAACAACAGCAGCGACAACCACCACUCCAAAAACAUGAGCCACAGCCACAACAACAACGACCACAACAACAGCAUCAACAAUAUCAACAUCACAAACAACCACAACAUCAGUAUCAACAACAACCACAGUUACAGGAUCAGCAGGGGCUGUUCCCACAUGGCGUGGUGUUUGGAGGGGGGCGGAGCUCUGAGGGAGCGGAGGCGGGGCUCCGGCUCUCAGGUGGUAAACUGGGAGCACCGGGUAAUCAACACGUCCCGCGUGAGGAAACGCCCCCGCCUCACCCCCACACAGGGGGGGAGGCCUGGGGCGCCUCCCGACAGGAAGUAAGAGGGGCGGCGCCUCCUCCUCAUCAGCUGCAGGCGACCCGGCGGCGUGCCAGACACAGACAGAGCUACAAGGCCGCCGUCUCCUACGAUGGUGAUGAUGAUGAUGAAGAGGAGGAGGAGGUCCCAAGGAGGCUGGACUCAACGGGAGGGGCGUGGCCUCUGAACCCUCCUGUGGGACUGCCAAAACCGCUGAGCUCCGCCUCCUCAGAUGCCACCGCCCCUCCCUCCUUCGCCAGCUCCCCCUCUGCCCCCUCAGAGGCGAGGGAGAGGACCUUCAGCUCUCCCGUCCCGAAGAUCUUCAUCCUGGGCUCGGAUGGCGAGACGGCGCGCACCUGUGGCCCGGGAUGGAGCUCGGAGGCGGGGGCGGGGCCGGAGCAAGGGGCGGGACCAGAGCUGUGGGAUUUGAAGUCAGAGCGACGCAGCCUGCCUCCGGAGGCGGAGCGUUACACGCCGUCUCCGCUUACAGCUGAGGAGGCGGAGCUUCAGCAGCGCCACGACAUCCACCCGAGCGUGGACCCCCGGCCCCGCCUGGAGCCGCGGGGCAGCCUGAGGGCGGGGCUCUCCUCCAGCCACAGCAGCUUCUUCUCUCCCUCCAGCAGCGCCCCCGGAGGCCCGGGGUGGGACAGCAGCAGCGAGGAGCUGCGCGCCACAUCAGGUGAGGCUGGGGGCGGAGCCAAAGAGACGAAACCUCAGUCCUUGAUGCGUCGAGGAACGGCGGUGCCUUGGCAUCACUCUACCGGCCAUCUCCUUGACAACCAAGAGCCCGCCCCCUCCGUGUUGCCAUGGCACCACUCCACAGGCAAUCUCCUCGACAACCGUGAGGAGGCGGAGUCCAGCGAUGGCUCCGCCUCCUCGCCGGUGGUGCGGCAGCGCCCCUCGGUGGCGAGGCGGGUCAGCAGCAGGCUGAGGAGCCGGCUGUGCCGCAGCCUGGGCGCCGAGCUGGACCGGCCCUUCGGCGGCGAGGCCGCCCGGCUCAACCGCCUCCACCUCCUCUCCUCCUCGCUCAGCCUCCAUCACAACCUGUCCUCCUCCUCGCUGUCGUCCUGCUCCACGCCCCCGCGCUGCCACAGCUUCAGCGAGCUGACGGAGCACCAGGAGGGGGGCGGAGCCAGGAGGAGCGGCGGGAACAAGAGCCUCGCCGCCUCCUCCGCUCCCAGCGACGGCCAUCGACAGGUGCUGGUGCCGCUGGAGCCCCGGGAGCACGCCUGGCUGGUGAAGGGGGCGUCCGGCUCCUGGACCGACAUCUACGCCCUGUUCAGGGAGGACCCGUCGCUGCUCCACAGGCGGGACUUCAUCUCCGGGAACACGGUGCUGCACUGGAUCGCCAAGCACGGAGACCACCGCGUCCUCAACACGCUGGGGUAUGGCGUUGACAAGGCGGGCUUGACCUUCGAUGUGAACGUGCGGUCGGCGUGCGGCUACACGCCGCUCCACCUGGCCGCCAUCCACGGCCACAAGAAGAUGAUGCGGCUGCUGGUUCAGAAGUUCAAGGCGGACGUCGGGCUGCGGGACACGGCGGGGAAGAAGGCGUGGCAGCACCUGCGGCGCCCGGCGCCGAGCGACCUGCUGCAGCUGCUGGGGGCGCCGCAGAGCGCCAGAGGAGGAGGAGGAGGAGGAGGCCAGCAGCUUCAUCGUCUUCACUACUCUCCGUCCUCGGCGGCGGAGCGCCGGCCGGGUUUGACGGCCGUCAAACGCUCGUCGUCCAUUGCUGCAUUUCUGAAACACAAAUCACUGCGGCGUUUCCAUGGACACCAGUCAGACUCUUCUGCCUGAUUUCCUCACACCUGCUGAAAAACCUGGAAACGUAUCGACCUGUUUCCACUCAUGGAAAACAGCUGGGACACUGGGACAUGAAUCAUAAUGAGCUACUGUUGACCUUUAGAUGAUGAUGAUGAUGAUGAUGAUGAUGUUGUUUACGGCAGGUGAACCCCCACAGGCUCACCUGUAGAGUUUAGGUGGAGGUUCACCUGCCGUGUCUCUGUGAUCUGAUCUGUGUCAAAGCAGCUGAAGCAAAUGAAAGUGUCACUGCAGGAAACAGUUUGUUAGUCCAAGUUACUGACUGGCACAUAAACAGGUUCACAGUAAGAACACCAACACUGUCAGGGUCAGAGGUCGGGGUCAGAGGUCAGAGGUUGGGGUCAGAGGUUGGGGUCAGGGGUCACUCAGGUGAGCACGGUCUGCAGCUCCACAGCACAAAACUCUUUGCAGAAGGUUUUUGUUGUGCCGGCUCCGUGUCUCUCAGGCUUCAGAGGAAAGUCUCAGUUCUGUCCAAACACAGAUCAGAGCGUCAGGAGUUUCCUCACAGAACACGACAGGAGACUGACCCCGGCGCUGCGGUAAGGCUUCGGUGCGCUGUGGGUUUUUGGCUCCCAGGACUCGGAGCACACAGGCUGAGACGUCCCUCGUGUCUCCGAGUCCUUCAGUCCUUCAGGUCGCUAAACGUGCGCUCAGUUUGUCGGGUCUCACUUUGACUUUGCCAGUUGUGGAAACAGAGCAAACAUUUUUACAAGAAGGGCCUGGAGACACGAGACGCCUUGUUCAACUGAACCUUGUGUGAAAGUGACGGCCCUGCAUGGGGCCCGAGCCAACGCUUGAACCCAAAAACCAACCAGACCUGUAAGUCAGUGCAAAUCUGUUUGUCCUCGGAAGAAACUGAACAGAAACUGAACAGAAACUGAACAACACAUCAGCAAAAUGGAGGAAGGUGUGGCCUCUGGUCGGGACGGCGUGAGGAGCUCAGGCUCUUGGUGCCGAGGCUCUGCGUGCCGAGGCUCGCGGCGUUGGGCUUUGGGCUGGAACGGGACACCUGGAGCUCAGGUGGACGGCCUUCUGCUCUCAUGCAUGGGACGUUUGUCUGCAGUUUGUUUUGUUGCUGUGCUGGAAAUAAGAGUUUAACCUGAAUCUGUGCUUCUGCAAAAAAAAAAAAAAAAAAAAAAAAAA